CUGGUUUAUCAUCCAAUGAUGACAGCUCUCCUGAGAGGCGACCAGUUUCUGCAGAAAAUUCGCUCCAGUUAACGCUGCAGAUACCUGAAGUCUCAUGAAAAGAAAAAGCAGGUUUCUCAAUGACUAGAAAAGUCCGUUUAUGAGAUUGGAAAUAACUGCGAUAUCAAGCAUCCGUCUGGAUGCAGAGGUCUGUUCACAGAGGAUAAUCAGCAUUGGUAAACAGAUUUGAGGAUUUGCAUGGGGUAGAAAAGGAGGCAGAAAUAAACUUGUGACAUCAAAUCGUGGUCCAGGAAUGGUGGCUUCUCAGCUGAAUACCCACGCUUUCAAUAUCUCCCCAGUAGAGGAUAGGAGAUUGUGCACAAAUGGAACACCAUGGAUUUGGCAUCUCCUGGAAGAAUGUGUCGAGAAUGCGUGGGAGUAUUGGAGCGUUGUCAUAGGGCUGAUUUCCAUUGUCUGUUUUCUGUUUGCUGCACUACCAUUUACAUUGCCUAUCAGAAUGGAAGAGUGGAUCAAGCACUGUCUUUGGGCUUUCUGCUGGGUUGGAUAGCUGGAGAUCUUACGAAUUUCAUAGGCUGCUACUUAACAAAUCAACUGCCAAUUCAGAUUGUCACUGCCGUUUUUUAUGUUAACAUGGAUAUAAUCAUGAUCUCACAAUUUGUCUACUAUAAGCUCAAGAAUCAGGAAAUGAAAAAAUGCAGCAAAAGCCUGAAGAAUUUCUGUAUAACCUGGAUCAUGGUGUGCAUAGCACUGUGUGUUAUUUUACUCUGUCAGCUAUUACUAAGAAACCAAGACCAGAGUGGAGUAAUCGAAAGAAGUAAUAACUCUCUUGGUAUGAUUGAAAUGUCAGGCUUCAUUUGUGGCUAUAUAUCCUGCAUGUUUUACUUGGGAAGUAGAUUUCCUCAGCUGUAUAAAAAUUUCCGAAGAAAAUCAACAGAAGGCAGCUCUUACCUGCUGUUUGCGUUAGCCAUGAUGGGAAACUGUACGUACGGACUGAGCCUUGUUUUAAGGAUGCCAGCUACCAAAUCCUUCCAGGCCCUCUACUUCUUACACCAUCUUCCAUGGCUUAUUGGGAGCUUUGGAGUUUUGUUUCUAGACAUUUUUGUGACUCUGCAAUUCAUCCUGUAUCGUCAGCAGAAGGAAAGGCAAUCUGGUUUAGUAACACUGGAAGUGGAACCAUUGCUGGUGAAUGAGGAGACGGCCUAGUGUUGGGCUGUGUUCUGCUCCUGGGUUUUUCAUUGGAUUUUGCUCUUGGAUUAUUUUGGCAAACAGUUAAGAGUGCAGUUGCUAAGGGACCCAAUUUAUUCCUAAUUAUUAUUUAUUUUGUCAUUAAUUUCUCAUUACUUAUUUGCAAAUUAUAUGCCAAUAAUAAAAUAUUUAAUAUUUA